AUUCCUGGAUGAUGAGAUCAAAUGACUGCAAACUGUCAUUGCCUCUACAGAGAAGAACAAACUCUAGCCAGUUACAUACUAACUUGACUGAAAUCAUGGCACAAUUCUACUCUGCUGCAUUAGUCCAGCUGUUGUGGACCAUGGUUGUGCUAUUCAAAGUGACUGUGUCAGUGGAGCAUGCACCUAUGAUGCUUUGGUCAAAUUGGAGAUUACAGUGGAAUCCAGACAGGCCUUUGCAUGCAGGACACAUUGUCUCAACACAGGAGCUGGCUGUACUCUUGCAACCUGUUUUUAGCCAAAAUUCCAAAAACCUAGUCUUGUUUGUUCAAGAUACGCUAAGCAUAGAUGAUUUCACGUACUACAGCGAAGCCUAUGGUAACAAGAAGCCAUUUCAAAAUGUUCAGGAAAUUCUUCAGUCUGCUGCUUCAUCUUUAGUUUUGCCCGCUGUUGACUGCAAGGCUACCAGAUACCUUUUGAGCUUUCUUCAGGAGUCGGAAGAUUGGAAGUUAACAAACGUAGCUAAUCUUGAUGUUUCUCAGCUAGAAGUGAACACUUCUAAACCAAACUUAUUUGUGGUACAGCUACAACCGUUUCUCAGUAAAUUAAAUGAUGUUUCCACCCUGGAAGCAAUUGCUGAAAAUGAUAAAAUAAUUGGAAGACUGAUCAUGGGUCUACAGGAACGAGGGAUUCAUUUUUCAGUAAUUUAUACUGCAAUGAGACCUUCAAGGAUUUCCAGAAGAACUGAGGUGGCAUGGGAUUUAAGAAGACGGUUAAUGGCCAUUGAAGAGGAAGACAGUUUAUCGUAUCCUCCACUGAAUGUGACCAAUGGAAAUUACACAUGCAUCCUUUUUUAUGCUAAUAAUUUCAGCCUCAAAGCCAAUGAUUCACUUUCUAUAGAUUUGACAAAUAUAACGUUUGUAACCCAGGACGUGGACAUUUCCUCCUCUGAGUGCUCAGACAUCAACACAACACUGUCAUUAAAGUACACAAAGCCAGUGAGUGGAAUCAACAGCCUGGAGAUAAGAUUUUUGAUGACCAACAUGUUCUAUGGAGGCUCCGCUAGAAACUGGUCCACUUUAGAGUCAGUUGAGAUUGUACAGGAUGACGAAAAGUUUGCUAAGUUUAAUGUUUCUGUCAUCUCUGCUCCUGCAGAGUAUUCAUUUCAUUGUCAGCUGGUGGGAACAAGCAAUCUCUAUCCUGCAAAGCUGAUUCCAUCCAACAAUGAAGCAAAAAACUGGGAUGUUUUCAUUUCCAGGUUCCAAAUUCAAGGCUUCAACAUUGAAAACAGCCAAUUUUCCUAUGCAAGCGACUGUACAAGUUUCUUCAGUCCUGGAAUAUGGAUGGGCUUGGUGACAUCUGUGGUUCUGCUGUGGAUCCUCGCCUAUGGAGUCCACAUGAUCAUGCAGCUCACAACAAACAGUAGAUUUGACGAUCCCAAAGGUCCAGCUCUGUCAGUUCCUCAGACAGAAUAGCAGCGAAAUGCCUUCUUCAGCUUUUCCUGGUCUGAUAUUUAGUUUUAUAAAGCUUUCUACUUUAUAAUAAAUGUAACCUAAAGAGAUACCAUAGCAGAAAGGGAUAAUUAAACUAGAUAAAAAAGAAUCCUUUUGCUUGGAAACAAUAAUAGUUCUAUGUGCUAUUACCUCAGUUUGUUAAUAGUUAUCUUUGAUAAAACUCUGAGGUGAGACCCUAGAAGUUAUUACUCUAUCCAGCUACGAGAAAGACCAGUAAGAACUUCUAACAGAUUAAAUAUUAUUGGCAAAGAAAGGAUAUCACAACAGAGAUACCCUGGAAGGAUUUAUAAAUUAUUUAUUCAGUAAGACACUAUAUAUAUAUUGAAACCACUGAAGUCUCUUUAAGUGGUCUUCAAUAAGCAUAGCAUGUUAAUGCCACAACUUAAGAAACCUGAGCCGCCUUGUCAGUUUUUUUCCUGAGAAAACCAUUCAGAAGUUCAGAGAACUAAUAAAAGUACAAGUCACUAAACCAAUUGAUCUUGGGAAGUUUUUUCAAAAUACAUCACAUUAUUCAAAUAUGGUAUCACAAAUGAGAAAGGGUAAACUAAGGCUCAUCUUCCCUCUAAAGUCAUCUUAUGCCUCUAAGAAUUAUGCUGAGUACACUGACUAAUAUGUUUUGUUUUAGCCACGGGCAGCUGAUGGAGUUACUAAUCAAGACAGGUCCCUGACCAAACUGGCCACAAAGUUGUAUUUAACAUCAUGAUAAUUAAUGCAACUGUUGAAGCUCAUAACCAGUUCCAGGGCAGACAGUACCUUAAAAGAGAUAAGGUAAUGUUCAUAAUAUUCCUCCUUUUCUGGGUAUCUUUGGGGUAGUUUUGAAGUUAGUACAAAAAAACCCUCUGUGUGUGUGUAUGUAUCUAUGAAUAUGUGAGUGUUUGUGUAUUUAUGUAUAUAUACUUACAUAUAAAGUCAUUACGAAAAAUAUUGUGCUAAUGUGCUGAUAAAAUCUGAGCGUGUUUAUGGUGAUCCUGGUGAUUUCAGAAGCCUGAACACAUUCAGGCUGAGUUUGUACUGAAUUUUUUGGCAAUUUAAUAAAGACACCACAUCCUCUCAUCGGGCAAUCUGAAUACAGAGUGAUUUACUAAAUAUUAUGAAAAACUAUUUGCUGUCACAGAGAAUUAAGUGUUUGAGUCAAUGUCUGUCUAACAUGUUUUCAAGUCAUAUUUUGGUUAAAAUUAAUGGUUUUUUGAUUCUUGUCAUGUUGAUUUUUGAUUUAGAAAAAAAUGGGAAAUUAUUUUCAAUGACUAUUAUUAUU